AUGGCUGUGGUCUUCUCUGCAGAAAUUGUUGCCAACUGCCUGACGCAGAAGCUCGAGGUUUACUUCAUGACUGAGCGCGGCAACGAAGUGGAACGCGUCAAGAUCCUCGCGCCUGGGGAGGUGGCUUAUCUUCCCCUUAGGGCUGUUCACACUCCUACUGCUGAGCUUUUCUUCUGCGUGAGCGGCUACAGCGUCUCGCGACUACCCCUCGUGUGGCGAGGGCUACAGAACGACCCUCAGAAGCUGCAUCCCCUCACCUGCGUCGCCAAGACCGACCCUCACAACCCCAGCAACCCCAAGCGACAUGACUACAACUUUGUGGCGAGUUGCCAAGUGGAACAGAUCCUGUGGGAGUCUACGACGCGUAGGACUCUUGACGCCGUCCUGACAAUGGUGGAGGUACGUCCUUGCGUACAGCUGCAGAACCUGCUGCCCUUCCCCCUCGUCGUGACGCCCCCCAACUGCAGCGACAACCUCGUCGUCGCCCCUGGCGUCGUCCUAGAGCUGCCCUAUGCCCAGCCUGGGGCCAUGUACCUAGAACUGCAGCUGUUAUCUUACUACGGCCGUAACUGGAAGUGCGGCCGUAGCAUCGAGUCCGUACCUGCCGUGCUGGACGUAUGGACGUUCGAGGGAUGUCCUGAGGGAGGAACCCUCACCUACACGGGGGGCGCCACGUCCACCCUCGAGCUGGGGGUGCACACCAGCACCCACCGGGGCACCAUCACCAUGGCCCUCUACUGCCCCUUCUGGAUGCUUAAUAAGACCGGGCUUGAUCUCACCUAUCGGAAGUCCAAUAAGCCUGACAGAAGUCUGUCAGUGAGCUCUGUCAGCUCUAUAGACAGCAGACAGGAGGGCUCGGUAGACAGUACCGUCUCUAGCCCUGUCUCGCCUGUCAAGGGCGACGUACCGAACAACUACAUCAACCACAGCCGCAGCAACAACGACCCAGUUCUUUUCUCCUUCAAAUCCAAAGCAUUUUUUGGCAAGAAAAAAGCCAGUGUGCGCGCCGAAGACAGCGACUGGAGCGACAAAUUUGCGCUCGAUGCAGUCGGGAGCAAUGGGAUCGUAACAUGUCGGUCCCGGGACCAGCGGACAGGAAGUGAACGUGUUUAUCAGCUCAACGUAAACAUCAGUUUAAGUGCUAACAGUCUUACCAAGAUCGUCGUAUUUACGCCUUUCUAUAAAGUGGUGAACCGCGCACCACAUCGCCUUCAGCUGCAGCAUUAUGGUCAUCAGACAUGGAAGGACCUGGAGCCUGGAGUGUGCGAGGGGCUGUGGGCGGACUGUACCACAUGUAGUGUACGUGUACGUGUACGUGGCACCAUGGAGACCACGUCGCCCAUAGCGUAUAACUUCCUACACGCGACGCUCUUCAGGCUAGACAACGCAUACGGGGGCGUAUACGCCGAGACUGUGGAGGCCGAGGGUGGUGCGGGUGUGGUGCUGGCUCUUAAUGGGUAUCAGGAGCACAGUGCUGCGGCCGUGCUGAUCAACAGACUGCCUGUUGCUGUGUCAGUAUGGCAGCAGCAUCACCCACAGCACCGCAGCACUGCGCUCCCCCAUCAGAUGCUGCAGUUUGCCUGGGCUGAGGCGUCGCCCGCACCCAAACUCUGCGUCCAGUGCGGCGAUUUUGAGCCCAUCGUUAAGGAGAUGCACGUGGGGCUGACACUGCUGGCGGGGGGCAACAGUGGGGGGUUUGCAGACCUGUUCAGUGGGGGGCAGCGCUGGCUGGUCUUCAGUGAAGACCUUGACCUGCUGGAUAGUCUGCUACGGGACGACCUCAAGGAACGCGUCACGUCCCACGUCAGCGUCGCCCUCAGCAGACUGGGACUGUCCCUGGUGGAUGACGUGUUGGCCAGGGAGGUCAUGUAUAGUGCCGUCACUAGCUCAGGCGUGGUGUGGGAGAACCGCAAGUACGGAGGGCGGAAGCGGCGCCCCUUCAGCGCCUCCCACACCGAGCUGCUGGAGGCCGCGUACCAACGCUACUGCCACGCACACCUCGUACCCGACCACGCGGGGCCACGUGCUUCUACCGUCGUCAUCGUCGCUCCGAACCUCGAAGUUGACUUCGCCGCAAUGGUUGUGCGUAAACCAUUCAACCGCCACCUCAUCCGCACCUACGAACCUGGUCUCUGGAUGCAGGUGGAGCAGUACCAGCAGCGCAGGCACCUGCACCUGAAGGUGAACCAGCUGCAGGUGGACAACCAGCUCACUGACGUGCUCUUCCCCACAGUCUUCUACAGGGUCAAGCCUGCCAAGAGCGUCAUGGACGAGACCGUGCCCAAGCCGCUGUUCGAGGCGAGCAUGGUACAAGUAGAACAGCGUAUAGGUCUACUCGAGUACAAGUAUGUGUCGGCGCUGCUGCAGGAGUUCCACGUCAUGGUCGAGAUGCCCUUUGUUAGCGCCCUCCUCGCCCUCCUGGUCCCUCAGACUGACGUGCAACAGCUGCUUUACACCCCUGAGAAGGUAGCGCAGGACACAGCGCUGGUGCAGGGCAGCCUGUCGCAGGCCGUCGUGACGCAGCAGGCUGCACGGCCUGUCUUCUUCCACUACCUGCACCUGUCACCCAUCAAG